AUGAGAAAAUCAAAGGUCCCAAAAUCAAACUCUGCGAAUCUUGAGCAAGCGUAUCACUCCCUCAUCUCCGCUUCCAGAGGUUUAUCUCGCACUCUUAGCCCUUCUCUUCCUGAAUCUCAGCCUCCGCCACCGCAAUUAGAAUCCCAAUCCCCUUCUACGGUGGUUAGCUCGUUCCCAGCUCCGGUGACGCCGUCGCCUCCAUCUCAGGAGGAAAUUCAAACCAGAAGCAGGAACAAAGAAGAGAUUCGAAGAGUGCAUGACUACUAUAAGCGUCUCAAAUCUUCUAUUGGUCAGAGAGAUGUUGGUGGGUGCUCUGCGAAUCUUGAGCAAGCGUAUCGUUCCCUCAUAUCCGCUUCCAGAGGCUGUACUAGCGUUAAGCGCCUUGUGGCUGAUCUCAUUCUUCGGUAUGCACUAUACUGCCCUACUGCUGUCGGAGAUGCAUUGCAAGCUGUUAUCGACAUGCAUAACUUCAGCGUGGAAGCUUUAAAGAGAGGACAAGAUACUGAUGGUGUUGCUUUUCAAACUGCUAAAGCCUGCAUAUUUGGUCUGGUUGACCUAUGUUCUGCUGCUUAUUCAAAGACAACAUCAUCACCAGGGGGUCGUGAUAUCCGCUCUACUGUGUUCAAGCUUGUAUCAAAGUGUAUUUGGAGCUCGCUAAGAGCUCACUUGGACGUUUGAGAAAGAAGAGACUAAGCUUGAGUGGAGAUGGAAAUGUAAACCAUCAUAUGAUUGUAAGGAGAUCACUGCUGGGAUCUUGGAGUUUCUUAUGGAGGCUAACAUAAGGCUAAGUGUCCGGAAGACAAUGUGGCAGAUUAUUACCAGCAACAGGUAGAGAUGCUUGAGGGCUUUACUGAAAUGGAAGAACUUGCAGAACGUGGCUUUGUUCCUGGUAUGUUGUGAUGAGAGCACCACGUAGAGGCUAUGAUGAGUUGGAAACAGAAGAGGAUUUAGGUGGUGCACAUUUGCCUGUCCAAGAAGUCGAUGAUUUGGAUGAUGAAGCUUUUGAUGAUGAUAUUGUUUAUGUUAGGGAUGAUUGUGAAGGCUUGUUAGUGGUAUAUUGAUAGGUAUGUUUGUGGUUUUUGUAAACAAUGAAAUUUGAAUGGUAUUUUGUAUUAAUUUUAAUGGUA